AGAUAUCAGUCCUGUUAAUUUCGCUGCCGCCGCCGUGUAUAUAAACCGCGUGUGUUCGAGCCCAUGUCAGUUCAUUCCCGGCUUGGACGGCAAUUGGCUUCUAAAUUUACAACCAAAAAGUUGCAUCAAGCAUGAAAGCAGUAAUCCUAGCCCUCCUGCUGGCGGCCGCCUAUGUCGCGGCUGAGACGCCGGCCGCCGAAACACCGGCUGAAGAACCGGCAGCAGCCGACGCGGCCGCCGCCCCACCCGGAGCCGACGCUCCGUCAGCCGCUGCUGCGCCUGCCAACGAUACACCAGCGACCCGGUCACUAUUUGGUCCCGGUGGGUUCGGUCCUGGAGGGUUUGGACCCGGAGGCGGAUUUGGAGGUAGACCAGGUUUCGGUGGUCGUCCUGGUCACGGAGGACACUCCGGAUUUGGAGGUCCCGGUUUUGGUGGACCCGGUUUUGGAGGACCUGGUUUCGGUGGACCCGGUUUUGGUGGACCAGGUGGCUUCGUGAACACCCCUGCACCUCCUGCAUCCUGCCGGUUCUGGUGCAAGACUCCGGAAGGCGCAGCUUACUGCUGUGAGUCCGCUAAUGAAAUCCCGACCGCAGUUUUCACGAAGCCCGGAUUCUGCCCGCCCGUCCGCGACACCUGCCCUCUGAGAUCAAACUUCGGACCGCCGAGCACCUGUGCCAGCGAUGGCAAGUGUUUCGGCAUCGACAAAUGCUGCUUUGACAGGUGUCUUGGGGAGCACGUCUGCAAACCCCCGCAUGGAGUCGGACGGAAGUAACACGCUACUUAAAUUAUUUGAAAUUCACUCUUUCACGUCAUGCAUGUUAGCCUAAUUUGAAAUUCCUGUAAUUUAUUUUCUUGACAGUUAAAAUGACAGUAUAUUAUUUCUUA